CAGUCAACGCCCCUGAUAUACAAUACAGAUCCAUUCGAAAUUUUUUUCCCAAUGGUUUCGCUCGCCAUAUACAGCAAUCACUGUGUAGGAUGGAUUGAAUCGAUCAUCACAAAAUUGUGGGGAUAGGAGAUUUGCAGUAAUGGGUUAAUCCAGGGUCAGAGAAAGAUGAUGAGGGCAAAGUUAUACGUCUAGAACCUGUGAUUUAGAAUCACUGGAUAUUGAUUCUGCAAGAGAUGAGGUUGUGUCUAGAAUAUUGCUUGGGAAAUAGGUAUCAGGAAUUCAAGAUUGCAAAAGGGGAUGGGGAUAAUAUAUAUCAGACUAAAAAUUUCAAAUUAGUGCCAAUACCUCCCAAAUAAAAGAAACUAGCUUGGGGACAUUUCUUUGAUGUUUGUAUAAGCUUCUUUGGAACUUUUUGCAGUUCAAAAAUUGCAACUCAUAGUUUAUCGAACAUGUAACUAAUAAGUAGACCAUUAGAUAAUAACUAAUAAGUGACACGACUGCUAGGUAUGAAAAUUAUGAAAACUAUGAUAAUGUUCCUCUACUACUUUUCUUAAACUUUGAAUUCUCCAUCCAAAUUUGUGCCGGGUUCAAAUUCACUUGAAUUUCAGGAAUGGAAAUUUUAAUUAAGAACAAAAACUCCUGAACAGUAAAUGGGCCAGGCCCAUCCUCGGCCUGCUUCACCCAGUUGGGCGGCCUUCUUCUGUUUUUCAUCUUCCGACGACUACGCUAGCGGUCUAGCCGCGAUCUUCCUCGCACAGCGCUCGGCCUCUUCCCCCACACGAUAUUUUCAGGGAGCACGGCACGGCGGCACGCCCAACAACCAACAGCGGUUGUCACGCAUUACUCCGGCCGGCACUCGCACCAACCCCGAACCCGAACUCGCGCCCCCACGGCGCCGGACUUCUGGAGCAGCAAAGCAAACGACGCAGGCGGAAGAGGAGAUGGGGGACGGAGAGCCGGGGCAUAAGCUGUCGCCGGCGGAAUCCCGGGAGGUGAUGCUGGCAUUCCUCCGCUUCCUAGGCGCCGACGCGCGCCUCCCGGCCUCGGCCGACCAGCCCGACGCCUACUCUGCGCUCGUACGCGCCAUCCUCUCCUCGGUUGCCGUCUCCGCCUCCCCGACCCCGCGGGUCUCCUGCACCAUCACCGUCUCACACGCCGUGACCAACCCGUACAACACGCUCCACGGCGGCGUGGUGGCGGCCGUGGCCGAGGCCGUCGGGAUGGCGUGCGCGCGGGCAGCCGCCGGGGAUAAAGAGAUGUUCCUCGGCGAGCUUAGCACCGCGUACCUCGCUGCAGCGCGAUGCGAUUCUGAAGUGGAUGUUGAAGCGCAGAUACUGAGGAAGGGCAGAUCAGUCGUGGUUACCACAAUCGAUUUCAGACUAAAGGAUACCAAAAGGCUCUGCUACACAUCUCGAGCCACCUUUUACAUCAUGCCCAUGGCAAGCCUAUAAGCCCAAGUUUUAUAUGGACAAUUUCUUCUGUCUACACGACAGAGUUUGUAUUGUGUGUAUUUAACUUGGAUAGUGGAUAGCAUGUAUCUGCAAUCUGUUGUAUUAAUAAUGAAGCAAAAGUCAUAUUGAUCCAUGAUGGCACCGCAACUGUUCCAGAUGAAAUACCCCCACCCACCCACCUAAACAUAUAUUUACUAAUUUGUUAUGAUUGAUUGUAUAAAAGGAGAAUUGAAGAUCACGAUCAUAUGAUGCUUGUAAAGUUUAAGGUCAGAAAA